AUGCCAGGCUUCACGACAGCGUCGGUGUUCCUACAAACCCUCUCUCGUGGAGGAGUAAAGUAUGCGUUCGUAAACUGGGGCUCUGACCACCCUGCGUUCCUCGAGGACCUAGAACGGCAGCGGCUGGACACUAAGGAUCCGAACGGAGAUACCGAGCCGAGCAUUGUGAUAUGCCCGAAUGAGAUGGUCGGCCUGAGUGCUGCGCAGGGGUAUACGAGCGUUACGGACAAGCCGGCGGCUGUCAUUGUACAUGUCGACGUAGGGACGCAGGCCUUAGCCGGAGCAGUACAUAACGUUGACAGGGGACGAGCACCCGUGCUGAUAUUCGCAGGUGCAUCUGCGCACAGCGUCAACGGAGAAUUGACUGGUAGUAGGAAUGAGUUCGUUAUGUGGUUGCAAGAUGUCCCGGACCAAGCUGCUAUAGUCCGCCAGUAUAUGAGAUACACCGGUCAAAUCAACAGCUCAAAGAACGUAGACAAGAUGGUCAUGAGAGCCUUGCAAGUUGCGCAGAGUGAACCGCGGGGCCCUGUAUAUCUAUGGGCCCGACGGGAAGUGACGGAGGAAGUCGUCGACGAGAGUGUGAUGAACCGUCCAUCGGAAGUACCAAAGUGGCCCAUUGUGGCACCUUGCGCUCUUUCGCCUGACGUUGCCACCACAAUCGCCACUGCGCUCCUCACAGCAAAAUUCCCCUUGAUCAUCACCUCUCACUUGACACGGAACAACCCAACCGCGAUGGACCCGCUUCUCGAGCUAUCUGAUUUGCUGGCUAUCCCGCUCUUCGCGAACUGCCCUUCCACGAUCAACUUCCCGUACUCUCAUCCGCAUUUUGCCGGCGUGUCGUACGGGACGGGUGUCUUUGAGCUGCUGCACAGGGCAGACGUUGUCCUGAUCAUGGACUCCGACAUACCGUUUAUCGAGCUGCAGGGAAAUAAACCACCUGAUGCAGCUAGAGUGUUCGUGAUUGACCGCGGGGACGUGCUAAGGACGACUACAGGGUACUGGCACGUCGACGCAGAGAUCCUGGCCAGGGCGGACGGUAGGGUUGCACUCCAGCAACUCGUGUCGGAUUUGAAGAGACUGGAUUCAGAGCGUACCCAGUCGGGUGAGCUCGGCAUCCUUGGAGGAGACGUGGUGAAGGUCCGGAGGCAGGACGUCAAGGACUGGCAUGACGCCCUCAUCCAGCGUCUCGAUGAAGCAGAAUUGACGCUUCCCACCCGUUCGCCCGAGGCUUUCUCCUCACCGAAUGUGCUGGGCGCUCUGAGAAAGACGCUGAUCGCGCAGGAUCUCCAUCGUGACACCCUCGUCUUAAACGAGGGUAUCUCCAACUACGUGGAAGUCUUUAAUCACUUGAGGCCCGACGCACCAGUGUCCUACCCAGAUGGCGGCAUGGCGAUGCUCGCCUCUGGCGCAGGGUCGCUGGGGUGGGCUUUGGGCAACGCCAUCGGCGCUUGUCUGGGGGAGUGCGAGGUAAGGAAGCAAGGCGGACGGGGGUACAAAUGCGUGGUAGCUGUUAUGGGCGACGGGUCUUACCUCUUUGGUGUUCCUGGGUCAGCGUUCUGGAUUGCGAGGAGGUACGAGACGCCCUUCUUGACCAUUAUCUUAAACAACGGCGGAUGGAAGUCUCCGAAACUCUCGUUACGGGGCGUCUAUCCAAACGGCCUGGGUUCCGGUGCCCACCCAGACAGGCUGACCGUCGGCUUCGGGCCCAGCUUGCCCGACUAUUCCCAGAUCGCGGUUGCUGCGAGCAGUGGGUGGGUUUAUGGGCGCAAGAUAGAGAGACGUGACGAGAUAGAGGAGGCCAUUAGGGAGGCUGUUAGGGUGGUUGUGGAGGAAAAGAGAUGCGCUGUACUUGACUGUGUGUUGGAAGGUAUCGAGUGA